ACGCGGGAGUGUAUGAUUUAAAAAAAAAACAUCACUAUCACCCUGUGUCUAUACAGCCUCUCUCAAUCACUAUAGUGAGAAAGAGAGAAUAAAGGACAUAACUGGAAGGGAUGAAAUUGUUCCAUUUUCCACAACCGUUCCAGUACGUUCGAGGGUAAAUUGCUUAGCAAUAGUCUAUGCGUGUGUGUGUAAAUUAUCCAUCAGUGUAGCUAGUUGUCUCGCUCUGCUCAAUUACAUUCCGCUACCACCUGUGUGCGUGAAAGAGAGUGGAAAGAAAACGCAUCUCCGUUCAACGCUGAUGCUGAUAGGUUUUUUCAAUGCUUCCUUCGAAUUCUCUCGCGAGCAGUCGGAUCGAACGGACGCGUGUGUUGUGUGUCCUCCGGUCGUGUUGUAAAGUGUUUUUAAUUGAAUGCACGUGAAACAUCCUGUUAGAUGGGUUUUUGGUGAAUAAAAAAAAAGAUAAUUUAUGCGAAGUGUGUGUGUGUGUGGUGUGAAGCAGUGAUUACAGGUGCAAUAAAAAGGAUAUCCCUUCUGAAAUGCAACAUGCCAGAGGGAGGGUAACCUGAAAGCAGCAAACGACGAACGUGUUUUAAUUCGAUUGAAGCCAAUGCAGCAAGUGUUGUUUCAGUGUGUAUGUGUUUAUAUUUGUGCGUGCAUAUAAUUUGCCCCUGUAUUGAAGGUGUUUCUGCACAUUCCCCGUCGGCAUGUGAGCGGUGUGUGUGUGUGUCUGUUUGGUAAAAAAAAAAGCAUUAAACAUCUCUCCCGUUAGGAGACAGUUCAACCUUCAAUUACUAAUUGUUUAAAAGUACACACCCGGUGGGUGAUAUAUAGACAACCGUCUUUGUGGAAAACAUCGAUAAAGCUCAUUGAAUCGCUUUUACAACAACAAAAAAAGCACUAAACGUACACAAAGUGCCAACUACAACAGACGUCAGCAUGCAGUAAAACAAAUAUUCAAAUCGUGAGAACAACGAAAUAGAACGAUCAAUUGCGAUCUAUCAUACAUUAGCAAGUAGAGAUAAAAAAUUAACGAGAGUGGGAAAAGUGUAAUGGAAGUAGAAUUAAACGUGCGCAUAAAUUAGUUUUUUUCUUCUGAUAAAUAUUUUAUUUUUGUUGUGCGUGAUUGAUUGUACAUAAAACAAAACAAGCAUCCAAACAAGGUGUUUAGUACGUGUGAGUGGAAAAGUAAAUGCGCUGGUGUUCGUACACGUCAGAAAGGGCGCAAAAGUAAAAGUUCUAUCACCCAUUGGUAGAGCUUUUCCUUGGGAAACCUAUCUGUAUUUCUGUACAAAGAUGAGUGAUGGUGGCUGAAAACACUGCUGGUCAGUGGAUUGCAAAAGUGUGUGUUUGUGUGUUGAAUCAAUCGUAAUUAAAGUGAUUGUUAGAAGGUGGGAAAGAAGCAGAAAAGCAUAAGCACGAAAUAACAUACCUCGUUUUUGGGCAAAAUGGAUCUUGCGGGUGAAACUGGAACUACCUCGAGGCAGGCACGCUUCGAAGACUAUCAGAAGAUGAGUACCUCGCUGCAGAACUUGGCCACCGAUCAACCGGAUCAUCAUCACAGAACAAGCAUGAUGUCUAUCCAAGAGGAGCUGGAUCAGCUGGGAUUGAACAAUGAGCACCAGCAACCGGCACCACCGUACCCGGCCAUCUUUGGCAGUGAGUAUCACCAUCAGCAGGCGGCCAACACGGACAGCAGUCCGGACUAUAUGCAUCACCAUCAUCACCACCAUCAUCCAGCGAUGUGUGCGAACGGUUGGCCCCAGCUACCGAUGGGUAUGGUGGCGGCCGGUGGUGCCGGUGUCGGUCCGGUAGGUGUCGGUAUCGGUGGUGUCGGUGUCGGCAUGUCCAACAAACCGGCGGCAUCCGGUUGGAUGGAUGGGCUGUUCGGUUGCAUGCGACCGGUACUGUCGCUGAUCGGCAAAAGCCACAUCAUGGAGAUGAAGAACAAACAGACUGAGGAUUGGGAGAUUCCGUACGAAACGAUCACGGACAUGGUGUGGUUGGGCAGUGGGGCCCAAGGUGCCGUAUUCUGUGGCAAGCUGCGCAACGAGCUGGUCGCGGUCAAGAAGGUGCACGAGCUGAAGGAGACGGAUAUCAGGCAUCUGCGCAAGCUGGAUCACGAAAACAUCGUGAAAUUCAAAGGAGUGUGCACCCAGGCGCCAGCAUUCUGCAUCAUCAUGGAGUACUGUCAGCAUGGUUCCCUGCACAAAAAGCUGCAGGACAGUGGUGGAAUCAUAUCGCCCCAGCAGCUCGUCUCCUGGUCGCAGCAGAUCGCACUCGGCAUGCAGUACCUCCACACGCACAAGAUCAUCCAUCGCGAUCUGAAAAGUCCCAAUAUUCUGAUCGGUGAAAAUGAAGCGAUCAAGAUCAGUGACUUUGGUACGUCGCGCGAAUGGAACGAGAUCAGCACGAAGAUGAGCUUCGCCGGUACGGUGGCUUGGAUGGCACCAGAAGUGAUCCGCAACUUGCCGUGUAACGAAAAGGUCGACAUCUGGUCGUACGGUGUCGUGCUGUGGGAGCUGCUUACCGGUGAGGUCCCGUACAAGAAUGUCGACUCGUCGCAAAUCAUUUACGGGGUCGGUAGCAACUCGCUGUACCUGCCAAUACCGGACACGUGUCCGGAGGGUUUCAAGCUGCUAAUCAAGCAGUGCUGGAGCACGAAGCCACGCAACAGGCCUUCGUUCAAAAUUAUCCUGACGCAUCUGGACAUUGCGGGACGGGAACUGUUGGCGGCAUGCGAGAAGGAACAGUACGAAGCGUACUACCAGUCGCAACGUUCGUGGCGCGAAGAAAUCCGUGGCCACAUGCAAAAGAUAACGAGCAACGGGAUGGACAUCCAGAAGUACGAGCAGGAUCUGAUACAGAAGCGGAAGGAUGAGUGGAAGCAUGCGCAGCACAUACGGAUGACGUACGAACGGAAGCUGGAACGGACGAAUAUGCUGUGCCUACAGCUGUCCACGUUCAUUGCAAUGUUGGAGCAGAAAGAGCAGGAAAUUCUCAAGCGCGAAAAACAACUUGCACCAGAGCAGCGAAAAUGUGGCUUCCUAAAACGUGGUUCGGACAAAUCGAAUCGCAAACGACCGUUUAGCUUUCCCUCGAUGGCCGCUUUACCGGGCCGUGCGUACGGUGAAUCAACGACCCCUAGUCCAACGGCGGCCGGUGUCACACCGGCAAAGGCAACGCUUUACGCUGAACUCAACCCUUCCGGUAAUCAGGGUGCAAGGUCGGUCGUUGUGACUGCAGCUCCACCGCCACCGUACAAUACACUAGCGCCACUACAACAGGCAUCAGCUACGCCAGUAUCUGGCUCGAUAAAUUCGGACCCGACAGCAGCUCCGUCACCGAUGGCACCAACGACAACCUCUUCUGGCAGGGUUAAAAAGCUACGUCAUCGUCGAGUUGGUUCGGGUACGAUAAACUGCAGUCCGAAGUGUAGUCCGUGCCGGGAUCGCCGUGUACAGAGUGAACCGGAAUCGCGUAAUGUUAAGCUGGUGGACACGGAAACGCAAACCGAACCGAUGGACAUCAGUGAACCGGAUGCGAGUCCGAGCCCGAAUGUAGCUUCCAAGCGCAUGUCGGCCAGUUUGCGCGAAGAGGAGGAAGAGCAGGACGAGGAGGAGAAGGUGGAGACUGAGAUAAUUGAGGAAGCGUUGAGACGGUUAAGCGUUAGCGAGCGACUUGCCGCGGACCGGGUUCCGGUGGAAAUGCGCGCCAGUGCGUACCGAUGUAGUAGCAAGCCACAGUCGGAAGAUGACGGGGAAGUGCCUGAGGAUGAGGAGAAUGGAAAUUCGAUUUCGAUCUCGACGAUGACGAAUAGCCGGAGCAGUGACAUGAUGACGACGAGUGGUGGUGGAGUACCGGUGACCGGUUCCGAGCAGAAUUACCGAUAUAUCCGACGGCAGCAGAGUGCCGGGCAUCAGCAGCAAGAAGACCUGCAGGAGGAGGAAGCGGAUGGUGAUGUGGAGGAGUAUGACGAUGAGGAACGGGAAGACUCGAGUCCCGACCCGAUCAUGGACGCAAUGAAUCGUAACGAGCGGUUCGAUCGGGUCUGCAGCGAUGACGACAAGAUCGAUACGCUCGAUCGGAAGGUUACCAUCAUCUCGGAGAAGCUGCAGCAGAGUGCCGCGUACGGGAAUCUCCUUAACGACAACAACGUCAUCGUGUACCGGGCUGCCCUGAAGCAACCGAACCACGGAGGCAAAACGAUCCUGCUGAAGCAUCCGGGUGCGGGAAGCAAUUUAAAACCGGCCGGUGCUGCUGGUGCUGGGAUCGGUGCUUAUAUGUACAGUGGACCGCAUGCCGUUGGUCUUGGUGGGUCGCCAGUUGCGGAUGCGAAGGUACGCGGCGAGAAGGUGGACCAUGAGCCAAAGGAAGAUGAAAGUUGGACCGAUGAGGAAGGUGAAGAACCGGACCAAAACACAUACUAUGUGCUACGUCGCAAGAGUAUCGGUCGUCUUCCAAUAAAGCGUGGUCGACGGAUGAAGCAUUCGGUCGGUUCCGGUCCAUCGGUACCCCACCAUCCGGCUGCUGGCGAUCUGGUGAUCGUGCAUCGGAAGAUCCACUCGAACGUGACCAUCUCGGACGAGGAGAACACGUCCGAGUACAGUCAUGCACCGUCGAGCCAGCGAUCGACGCUCGAAUCCAAUCCGGAUCUACCGUCGGUCGUGAUGAUGAAAUCUGGCCGGCGUGUUGAUCGAAUUAUGCAGCAGCAACCGAUGCAUAAGAGCACCACAUCCGCAAAGGAUACGGACGAUGAUGAUGGUGACGACGAUGACGAUGCGGAUGACGAUGGUAACGUGCCGGACAGUGAUCUCGAGCAGGACUCUAGCGAUAGUAGCUCGGACGAAGUGGAGCGAACCGGUCGGCAACCGGUGGCGGAUGUCGUCAACGGUAAUCGGGUGUAACCAGGGUGUCCCCGCUCGUCUAUUACUGAUGCCAUUUUGUAGGAGUGUGUUUUUCAUGUUUGAGAUUAUGUAGGGGAAGUCGAUCGUGUAUCAAAACAGUGUCUUCUCUAUUUCUCUGUACCAAGUCAGUCGAUUGAUUGUUUAUAGUGAUAGAUUUUUGCUACGUUUUCAACGCUCGUGGUGCGUAUUUAUAUUGUAAAUUUGAUUUCAGUUAUGUUUUCCAUUGCUUGUAUUGUGUUACCGAUCUGUUCCGUCCUUCAUUCUGUUUUGUGUUUGAGUUUUUCUUUUACCAGGAGCUUGUUAAAUACGGCUCCUUCACUAGCAGUGGCUUUGCUGCCGGUAUGAUCUGUAAUCUACUGCAAGAAAAAAUCCAGUCCAGUCGCUAAAACGAUAUUAUACUUAGAAUUAGGGUACGCUCAGAAAGGCGUAUGCGUAACGUUGCAUGUUGGCGAACGUGAGACUGAAUCGAUCGAUAGCUCAGCUAUAUGUUUUGUGUGCUGUUUGCUAUUGAGGAAUUAUUUAUUCGGCAACCACUUCUGUCAAAUCAUUCCGUGUGCGUUUAAGUAUGUAGUAAGUGCAUCUGGAACACUGGGCACUGUAAGAAUAACAAUUCCAAACCGAAUAACACGCAACAAUCGUCGACUGUGGUGUACAAAUUAUGGUGGCCUAUUUAAAAUGGACGAAAUCUGUCGCAUUUAGUUUUUAGCUUGUUAGAAUAUGGAAAAGGACUCUAGCGAUGGAGCGCUGUAAAGAGCCACAAAGUUGUGCGACACAUUGGCCAUCAUUCUUAAGAUUCUGGUAUUAUAGCAACAGAAAAAGAAAAGGGAAGAGCAACGUUGACUGUUUCAUUGUACAUAUUUAUAUCGGUUUUUUCCGUUUCCUGUUUUUUCUUCCAUUUUUGCUCAUUUUGCUGCCACUGGAAACGUUUCUUGUUUUUGCGUUUUUUUCUUCUUCUUUUGUUUCUUUGUUUGUUUGGUUUUUGUUAGUUCCUAUUUUUUGUGUUUUCUUGAUAUUUACUCAUUACUAGCAAGUCUCAUUCGCUCUACUGUUAUACGCCUGUUACGUAUUUUACACUUAUACGUACGUACUAUUUAUUUGCUCUCGAUGUACAACUUUGCGCGCCACACAGGAAAGGAAUGAAUGGACGAAUGAACUUGAAAAUAAUGUGCAAUUUUGCUAAUCCAGGAGACAGACACACGCGCGGUGAAUUGUUGUUUUCUUCUCGAAUGUAAACAUUCCAAUCCUCUAGUAGUAUAGAAAUGCUAAAGGCAACUAGCACCACAAACAAUCCGUAACUGUUCGCAUGUAAAAUAAACUAAAUAACUGAAAGCAAUCAAAUAUGCAUAAAUUGAGAGAACAGGUUUAACACGAGAGAACAAAGCACGCCUUAGAAGGAAGGAUCGAUCGUAUGACAGGAGAGAAAGGCAUUAGUAGUAGAGGAACUGUGGAGUAGAAAUGGUACAUAAGGAAGGACGUUCAUGUUCGCUUCACAGUUGUCCUUAAGGCGUGUAUUUGUGUACUGAUGAAUAUUUCCAAUUCGCUCUACUGUUGCCAUUGCCUUAACUGUUGAAAGCCCACAAUUUUCAACCGCAGCAUUACUAAUUUAGGAAAAGAAAAGAAAGCAAAUAGCUGUGCUCUGUUUGUUUGUUAGCAUGUAGAAGCAAGCAGCACCAUACAAACUCAUUGGUACCUGGCUAGAAGUGCGUUCAUUGAAUAGGUUGGCAAACAAAUGAAGCAUACACCGAGAAAAAAAGACACAUAUAAAUGAGUGUACUGAAGUAAGCGGAUAAAUGUAGCCAUACGAAAGCUUAGCACCACGUUGCUGCUACAAGAGAUAUUAUUUUUGAUGCAUUUUACUCUAAUUCCACCGCGCUCUUCAGCAGAGAGAAGCGAUCGCAACGAAAUGAGAGAAGGAAGGAAACGUAUUUAAAUUUGCUAUCGCCGUGCAAAUGCAGGAAUUGUAAAUGGAAAAAGGGACAAACUACCUUUAGUGCGUAAAACAUGCAAUGAAGCAAAGCGGUAUAAAUAUGUAAUUGUAAGUAUAUGUGUCUGCACGCGCCACGCUUGUACGACAUUUUUAGGCCUUUUUCCCGCCCCGCCCGAUGAUGCUGAUAGCAGAAGUCGAAGAGAUUAGUUUAUUUUUGCAAAAAAAAAAAACGCAAAACAGCGUAAUCGUAUCGAUAGUGGGUAUAAUGUUAAACAAAACAGCAACUCCAAUUAAAAUGAUAAGGUAACAGCCGGUUGGCUAGCAGAUAAAUCUAUAUUAAUCGUUGUUCAAAAUCAAACAUUCAAAAUUAACACAAAAUGGUACAAUUCAAAAAUUGUUCCACAGCAAACGUACGUGAGCACACGCGCUUCAUUCUUCGAGCAAAACAAGAAAGACAACAUAGAAACGAAUAAUUUACAGGAAUAUGCAGGAAAAUCUAUAGGAACGGAUUAGUGUAACGUCGAUGGCAGGAGUGGCAAACAUAUAAACCUCGUGUAAUAAAUCCACUAUUAUUACUAAUGAUACUUAAACGGUAGGAGGGUUGAUGAGGGAAUGCCAAUACAGUUUGGUAACCGAAUGUUCAAAGAGACAUGUGAAAGAUAAGAAUGUCCGACGAAAUAAAGAAACAUACAAAUGGAAA